UAUUCCCGGACACACAGACAAAAUGUGCACACACACACACACACACAACACCAAACAGACAGAGUGUUCCUGUUGGCCGGAGGUGACUGAGAACCAGCAGAUGUGUCUCUGAAGAGGAGGAGCUCUGAAGGACUGAGGAAUGCAGUGGGGAAACUGAAUGAAAGCACGAGGGAUGGGUAUCCGUCCUGCACCUGUCUGACUCUGGGCAAGUCAUCCACCAGCCAAGGAGGUCAUGGUUUCAAACUAAUCCCUUCAAAGCCAACAAGCGUCAGUCAUGUUCACUCCCAGGAAAAACAGCCUCCCCUCGCCCAGCCUGGAAGACUCCUUCUUUCCUCUCUCCUCGUCCUCUUCGGUGUCUCUCUCCUUUGCCCUGCAGUCGGCCUCGUCCCCCCCUGAGGGUGGGGAUGGCAGGGGAGCGAUAGAGACCGACCUGAUACUGGCUGCGGAGCUGGGCCAGGCUUUGCUGGAGAAGAACGAGGAGCUGGCAGAAACUCUGCGCCACAGAGAGAGAGAGGUGGAGGCUUUACAGCAGGAGAAGCACGUCCUGCAGAGGAAGCUGGAGAUGAACGAGCUGGAGUCUGGGCAGAAGGAGUCAGAGCUCGCUGCAGAUUUAGCUUUGCUGAGGGCCGAGCUGGAGAAAUACCACAGCGAGGGGCGGGACCGGCGAAAAGAUGACAGCGAGCAGAUGACUCAGUUGGCCAAUCACAACCAGAGGCUGGUGGAACAGCUGGCUGAGGCUGUAACACUGGAGCACACCCUGAGGACUGAGCUCCGCGCCCUCAGAGAAGAGAUGGAGGAUUCAUCGUUUAGCCGAAACAUCAGCCUCACGCAAUUAGAAAAUAUCCAAGCUGAGAACAGAGUUUUGCAGGAGCGGCUGUCGCACAUGGAGACGCAGCUAAAAGCUUCAGAGGUGGACAGCCAGAGGCUCCGUGUGGAGAGAGACGGACUGAGGGACAGACUGUCACAACUCCACGUUAAACUGACUGAGAAGGAAGCUGAAAUAGAGCAGGAGCAGGGGGUUAUGUUUGAGUUACGCACCUUGAAUCACUCUUUACAACAAAAAGCUCUGAACCUGGGCGAGGAGAGCCUCCUGGACAGUACGCACACACAACCUUUGUCUCUGCUCAGUGAAAUUCAGCAGUCCCAGGCUACAGAGGCUCUUCUUGCUCACUCCUCUGCACUCCAGGCCAAAGAUGAAGAAAUACAAGCAUUAAAGGAGGAGCUCCAGUCUCAACAAAAAGAGCUCGAGUCUCUGAGGGACGAAGUCAAGCCCUUCAGAGGCAGCACAGAAAAGCAGAGCUACAGUUCUCUGGAGGAUGAAUUGGCUAAGGUCCGCCAGGAGAAAGAUUCCCUCAAUCAGCAGCUUCUCAACACCAUCAAACAGAAGGUGAAGCUGUCCCAAGAGCUGGAAGCCUGGCAGGAGGACAUGCGCUUCGUCAUCAAUCAACAGGUGCUUCAAAGAGAAGAGGAGAAGAAGAAGGAAGACCAGCGAGAGAAGGAGAACACUGUUGGACUCCAAAGAAGCAAGUCUUUGAGAGUGAGGGGCGAAGGUGGAAAAAGCUUCUUUUCUUCUUUAUUCAAGGACAAAUAAGAGACAGCUUCCAUGUUUGCUCCUCGGUCCUUUUGACACCAGAUACUGGACACUAUGGUCAAUAUCGGCGUCAGGAAGUAAAAUGUUUACAAAAUAUCUGAAGGUAUCCUUUCUCUGCGCAUGUAUAUAUGUAAAGCAUAUUAAUGAUUUCAGAAUUUAUAUAAAAACAUUAAAAUCUUAAGUGAUUUUA